AAGAAAAGUUAAUUUAUUUUUAAAGCAUAAUUUUUUUUAAAGAAUUAGACUGAAGUGCAACGGAAAAAUAAAGAGAAUAUUAGUGAAAUUAUUUUUUAAAGUGGGGGAGAAUCAAACAUUUAAGACUCCCCUAUCCUUUUUAAAUGUUGUUUUUAAAUUUCUUAUUUUUUUUGGCCGGUCGUCUCAAAUUCAUCUGAUCUCUUAUUACCUCAAUUUUGGAAACUGCCCGCCACCGACCCUCCAGGACCACACAGACAGGCUGAGGACGACUUUAUGACCAAGAGCUGAACAAGAUGCAUUGUGAGAGGUUUCUAUGUAUCCUGAGGAUAAUUGGAACCACACUCUUUGGAGUCUCUCUCCUCCUUGGAAUCACAGCUGCUUAUAUUGUUGGCUACCAGUUUAUCCAAACGGAUAAUUACUAUUUCUCUUUUGGACUGUAUGGUGCCUUUUUGGCAUCACACCUCAUCAUCCAAAGCCUGUUUGCCUUUUUGGAGCACCGGAAAAUGAAAAAAUCCCUAGAAACCCCCAUAAAGUUGAACAAAACAGUUGCCCUUUGCAUCGCUGCCUAUCAAGAAGAUCCAGACUACUUAAGAAAAUGUUUGCAAUCUGUGAAAAGGCUAACCUACCCUGGGAUUAAAGUUGUCAUGGUCAUAGAUGGGAACUCAGAAGAUGACCUUUACAUGAUGGACAUCUUCAGUGAAGUCAUGGGCAGAGACAAAUCAGCCACUUAUAUCUGGAAGAACAACUUCCACGAAAAGGGUCCCGGUGAGACGGAUGAGUCACAUAAAGAAAGCUCUCAACACGUAACGCAAUUGGUCUUGUCCAACAAAAGUAUCUGCAUCAUGCAAAAAUGGGGUGGAAAAAGAGAAGUCAUGUACACAGCCUUCAGAGCACUGGGACGAAGUGUGGAUUAUGUACAGGUUUGUGAUUCAGAUACUAUGCUUGACCCAGCCUCAUCUGUGGAGAUGGUAAAAGUUUUAGAAGAAGAUCCUAUGGUUGGAGGUGUUGGGGGAGAUGUCCAGAUUUUAAACAAGUAUGAUUCCUGGAUCUCAUUCCUCAGCAGUGUGAGAUACUGGAUGGCUUUUAAUAUAGAAAGGGCCUGUCAGUCUUAUUUUGGGUGUGUCCAGUGCAUUAGUGGACCUCUGGGAAUGUACAGAAACUCCUUGUUGCAUGAGUUUGUGGAAGAUUGGUACAAUCAAGAAUUUAUGGGCAACCAGUGUAGCUUUGGUGAUGACAGGCAUCUCACGAACCGGGUGCUGAGUCUGGGCUAUGCAACAAAAUACACAGCUCGAUCCAAGUGCCUUACUGAAACACCUAUAGAAUAUCUCAGAUGGCUAAACCAGCAGACCCGUUGGAGCAAGUCCUACUUCCGAGAAUGGCUGUACAAUGCAAUGUGGUUUCACAAACAUCACUUGUGGAUGACCUAUGAAGCGAUUAUCACUGGAUUCUUUCCUUUCUUUCUCAUUGCCACAGUAAUCCAGCUCUUCUACCGGGGUAAAAUUUGGAACAUUCUCCUCUUCUUGUUAACUGUCCAGCUAGUAGGUCUCAUAAAAUCAUCUUUUGCCAGCUGCCUUAGAGGAAAUAUCGUCAUGGUCUUCAUGUCUCUCUACUCAGUGUUAUACAUGUCAAGUUUACUUCCCGCCAAGAUGUUUGCAAUUGCAACAAUAAACAAAGCUGGGUGGGGCACAUCAGGAAGGAAAACCAUUGUGGUUAAUUUCAUAGGACUCAUUCCAGUGUCAGUUUGGUUUACAAUCCUCCUGGGUGGUGUGAUUUUCACCAUUUAUAAGGAAUCUAAAAGGCCAUUUUCAGAAUCCAAACAGACAGUUCUCAUUGUUGGAACGUUGCUCUAUGCAUGCUAUUGGGUCAUGCUUUUGACGCUGUAUGUUGUUCUCAUCAACAAGUGUGGCAGGCGGAAGAAGGGACAACAGUAUGACAUGGUGCUUGAUGUAUGAUCUUCCAUGGUUUGACGUUUGCAGUCACACACAACACCUUAGUUCCUCUAGGGGCUGUACAGUAUUGUGGCAUCAGAUAAUGCCACCAAAGGAGACAUAUCACUGCUGCUGGGACUUGAACAAAGACAUUUAUGUGGGUUUAUUUUCAU